UCAUUUACGGAUGUGACUGUGGACUUCACCCAGGAGGAAUGGGAGCAACUGGACCCCUCCCAGAGGAUCCUCUACAUGGACGUGAUGCUGGAGAAUUACAGCAACUUACUAUCAGUGGGCUUUCUGAAGUCCAAGCAGUUAGGAGCUGUGUUCCAUUAUCAAGUUCUCUGAUAUUAUCAAACCAGAUUUUCAUGUUGGAUCAGUGAGAAGAGUUAUGGAUACCAGAGUUAGAAUUUCCAGUUCACAACUUUCUAGGGAAGAUGUGGAAGGUCGGAAGGAGAAUCAGAUAGAAGCCAGUGGAAGUAAUAUCCUAGAGAUUGUGAAUGGGUUGGUAUCUUUGAAAUAUUUUUUAGGAAUCUAUUUUUCAAAUCCCUAAACCUUUAGAGGUAGCUGAGAACAGAUGACUUGUGCACCUCAUAUCCUGAGUCAUACCUCCAGAUAUCAGUCUCUUGCUGCUUAACGUUUUUCCUGUUUAAUUUCUAUAGCUUUUCACCUCUCACACUCAAGCCUUGAUUCUUGCCUAACAUGUUUUAAACCUUUGUUCAGUGAUUAGUUCCUCUUUCAUUAGUAUUCUCACUUAGCCAGAAUGGUGACUUCUAUAUUUUAGGUCAUGGGAAUUGGCUUAGUAGCCUCAAGGAAAAUACAAACUUUUCAGUACAAGAGUGAUGCAAAUGGCAGCAGGAUCACAAGAGUCAGGAAUAACCAGUAAUACAGAGAUCAGAGUAAAGGUUCUUUAAGCAUAGCUUGAGGCCGGGUAAAUUUGAUCCUUAAGAUUCCUUCAAAUAAAAGCAGGGACAAGAUUGGUUUGAGGAAGAAAUUAAACACAUGAAAAGGAGAAAUACAGGAUACAGUGAUGGAAACACUUUCUCUCUCCAACAACUUCAAUAGAAAAAGUAGUGCAACCCGCAGUAGCAGUGAGCAAUUCUGUCAAAAAUAUCUUAGAUCCGUUUUAUAUUUCCUACAGAAUCUAUGAAUUUCUGGAUUUUGCCUUCCACUUGGAAAAGUCCUACUUGGGAGAUUUGGAGCUCUGCAUAGGGUUCUCUCUGCAAACCUGUGAGAAAGGUUGCCUUUAGGAUGUUAUUGGUGCAGAUGAAAGAAGGAGAGAAAAGGGGAAGGAGCCUCGAGCAUGUAGGUGAGGUGGCCAUCCGACCACAGUAAUUCAGAGUCUCAGUGUUGGCUGCUCAACUUAGACCUGCCUGGGUUUUUUCCCUUAACAUUUCCUUAUUUUCUUGGUCUGUACCAACUGGUGUCCUUGAGGACACCAAAUAGACUUUGUCUCUGGAAUUGCCAGCCUUCUUACAUCAUUUGUUUUUAUUUAUUUCCCUUCACCCACUUUUAAGGCCGUUUUGUAAUCUGGCAGUGCUAUUUGUGCCCAUUUUGCCACAGGCUUUGUCUUUUUCUUUCAGAGUUUAAGAGCUAGGAGCACUUGGAACUGGGGACUUUUUUAUACUGGAAGACUGGGUCCCAAACUAAAGAGGUAGCCCUACAAUGGAACAUUUGUGGAGUCUUCACAUUCCGUAACAUUGUGGUGAAAGGGUUGACAGAUAUUUCAUGUGCUCUUUCCUAGAGGUAUGGAAGGCUGAUGACCAGAUGGAGAGGGACCACAGAAACCCAGAUGAGCAGGCAAGGCCAUUUAUAAUCUUUAAGAACCAAACCCCAAUUGAAGAAAGAGAUAAUCUCUUUGGCAAAACAUUUAAUCUUAGCACAGACUUUGUUUCUUUAAGACAAGUACCCUAUAAAUAUGACUUAUAUGAAAAAACUUUGAGAUAUAAUUCAGACUUACUUACUAGCGAUAGAAGCUAUAUAAGAAAGAAAGACGACGACUGUAAUGGAUUUGGAAAAGCACUCCUCUAUCUGAAGCAAGAGAAAACCCAUACUGGAGUGGAAUACUCUGAAUAUAAUAGAAGUGGAAAAGCCUUCAGCCAUAAAGAAGGCAUUUUUAAACACCAGAAAAUCAGAAAUUUGGUGCAACCUUUUAUCUGUAAUUAUUGUGACAAGGCAUUCUCAUUUAAAUCACUCCUUAUUAGUCAUAAGAGAAUACAUACUGGAGAAAAACCUUAUGAAUGUAACGUGUGUAAGAAAACCUUCUCCCAUAAGGCAAACCUCAUUAAACAUCAGAGAAUCCAUACUGGGGAGAAACCCUUUGAAUGUCUUGAAUGUGGAAAAGCUUUCACCCACCAGUCAAACCUCAUUGUACACCAGCGAGCACAUAUGGAGAAGAAGCCCUACGAAUGCAGUGAAUGUGGCAAGACCUUUGCCCAGAAAUUUGAACUUACUACACACCAGAGAAUUCAUACUGGAGAACGACCCUAUGAGUGUAAUGAAUGCGCCAAAACCUUCUUCAAGAAAUCAAACCUCAUUAUACACCAGAAAAUUCACACAGGGGAGAAACGCUAUGAGUGCAGUGAAUGUGGAAAAUCCUUUAUCCAGAACUCACAACUCAUUAUACAUAUGAGAACUCAUACCGGAGAAAAACCCUAUGAAUGUACUGAAUGCGGCAAAACAUUCAGCCAGAGGUCAACUCUUAGAUUACAUUUGCGAAUCCACACAGGAGAGAAACCAUAUGAGUGUUCUGAAUGUGGGAAGGCCUUCAGCAGGAAGUCCCGACUCAGUGUCCAUCAGAGGGUUCAUACCGGGGAUAAACCCUGAGACUGCAGCCAGGUUGUACUGUGAGAACCCUUCCAAUAGGGAGAAACCUUGCAAAGGUGCUGAAGGAACAUGGGAACUCAUACUGAGAGACAAUCUGUCAACUCAAAGUGUGUAAAAAUGAGGUCCCCUAAGAACAAUAUUGUACUGAUAGUUAGGUAUAUGAUACCCAACUAAAGAAUACAUAUCAGAAUAUAUCCAAUUGUAAAUAGACGUACUUGGCUGUAUUACAGUGAGUUUUUUAAAAUCUUGAAUAAUUCAUUCAAUAAUGAAAUAUUCUGGGCAGCAAGCAGCAUAAAGGAGCUAGAGACAGUACCCUAGGAAUUGAGUGGUUAUGUGUGAGAAUAUGCCACCAAAAAAAACUGUAUUUUAGAUCUGCACAUGUAAAUUUAACAGACACUAAGAGUUUGGAAUUCUUGUCUUGAUAAUCAAAUUAGGACACAUCAAACAUGAUUUUCCAUACUGAACAUGUGUUUUUCAGUACCUUUACAAUCCUGUCUGCAUUCCAGAUGAAACACAUAACAGAUUUCCAUAGCAUGUAGCAUAUGUUUUCUCCUCCUCCUUGCUGGCAUAUAUAAGUUGGUAUGACCAUUGUUAUUGAGCUGCCUCUUCAAUCAACAGAAGACAAUGUUGUUGAAGUUUUAACCUGGGUUUGCUGAAGAUUUCCUAGAAGUAUUAUUGACAUAAAUAUGCAAGUGUGAGAUAAUUAAGAGAGACUGAAGAGUGAAAGGCAGCAGAUGUGGGUUCUGUCACUCAGUGUGCACCAGGGAAUAAAUGGGCUGUGUAAAGCAUAGCCACACCCAUCAUGCUCUUGUUAUUUUCCACUGGGAUAUUUACAUACAAAUGCAAAUGCAUGUCUUUUACCAAAAUAUUGUAUAACCCAGAAACUACAUGUAUUUUUGGGUGUUUCGCUAUUUCCCUUAAUAUUUUAUAAAUUGUCUUGCAAAAAAUAGGAUGCAUAUGUAGUUCAAAUGUUACAUUUCAGAGACUUUAGAGGAAAAAUAAUUUAAGAAACUGUCAAUAAAUGUCUUAUAUUGCUUUUUAAAUUUUCCAUGUGCUUAGUCCACUUUAGAAAUAAAUUUUUGCAGAAUUCUCUUUAAAGGAGGCAUUUCUUCCAUGAAUUUCACUAUCAUCAACCAAAAGCAUUUCCCUUUGGAACCUGACUUAGCGUAAGUUACAACUUUGCUUUAAAGGCUCACAAACACUUCAUAAAUUAGACUUUAGUGAUCUCCCCAUAUAUUGAUUAUUAACCUUUAAAAAUUUAUUUUUGCAUAACUCAAAGAUUCCAUUUUAGGCUUCAUUUCAAAUUCACCAGUUCCUGUCCUUAUCCAUCACAAAUCAUGCAUUAGAAUUGUAAAUGGCCACUGUAACUGGCCUUUUUUUCUUUUGUUUUUGAAGAUUAUUGAUGUGCUAUGACUGUAUAUGAAUGUGAAUGAUUUUUCUGAACAAAUUUAUCAGAAUAUCCGUAGUCCAGUAAGUCUUUGUCUUUCUAAAUUGUCAUCUUAUCUAUAAUAAUGGCAAGGAAGCAAGGGAAGAGGUUAACUUCCUACACUGCUGUUAGAAAUGCAAAUUGUGACAACCUCCUUGGAAAUAAUUGACUCUGUCUUCUAACGUUAAGAACACACAUGCAGUUGGCUCUUGAACAGCACCAGUUUAAUAUGCGCAGGUCUGCUUAUACACGGAUUGUUUUCAGUAAAUGCUACAGUCCUACACAAUCCAUGGUUGGUUGAAUCUGUAGAUGCAGAACCUUGGAUACGGAGGACUGACUUUAUACUUGGGUUUUCGACUACACUGAAAAUCCGUGCCUUUAACCCCUGUGUUAUUCAAGGGCCAACUGUACUCUUCAACCCAGCAGACUCACUUCUGGGAAUCCAUCACUAAGAAAAAAAAUAACGUGCCAGGACCUAAGACUAUGUGUUUAUCAAUGUAUAUUGUAGUUUUUGGUAAGGACAAAAAAGGAAACAAUGUGAAUGACCAUCAGUAAGGGAAUGAUUGAACAAACUGUGGUAAAGAUAUACCACAGCUGGACAGUAUUCCAUAGGAAAGAGCGUUUAGGGGCAAAUGCCACCAAGACAGAUGGGGGGAGGGGGGAGAGAAAAAGUGUGUGUGCGUGCCUCUGUGUGUGUGUGUGUGUGUGUGUGUGUGUG